AUGAAAGAAAACGAGUGGACUGGCAAUUACAACGAAUAUUGCAACGAGUUCUCAGACAUAGUAUCCAAUGGAGAAGAACUGCCCGGACACGACCUGAUUAUGUACUUCCUCGCCGGAUUACCCACGGAUAUCGGAGACGAGCUGACCGACAAAGGCAAGCGGACAUUUUCGACGUGGAACGAGGCCGCGAAUGCGCUGAGAGCGUACAUGGUUCCAUUCAAUCUGUGGAGGGCCCAGAGAAAACGUGCGCAACAGGAGCUGCAGGGAGCAGAGAAGCCGAGACCUAAGCGAAGGAGUCACCUCAGGGAAUACGGAGAGGCGAACAGACGCCACAACGAGGCUGUCCACGGCGUCAAUCGUAAAACCUAUUCGACGGGGAGAACGACGAUGGACGGGGAAAGAGAUACAACACGUUGCUUCGAGUGUACAGGCCAGGGGCACUUGGGAAGGGAAUGUCCCCUGCGUAAUGGCGUAGCAAGACGGAGAGGCGAAACUUGCUCGAAAGCCGCGGGAGGGAGAGUCACGGUUAAACGAGAAGGCCUAGGCAUUGGGGGAGAGAAAUGUCCUAGGCCAGAACGAAAUAAUGGCAGGGCGCACCUAGUAGCGUCGGGACCGAAUGCCAUUAACAUCUCCACUUCUGCAAAACGGAACGAUCAGGCGAGCGACGGGAACGAAAGCCGGAGGCACGGGUCAUCGGCGAGCGGGAUCCAAACUCAUGGGAACGGGAACGGAACCAACGAGGGCACAUCCCGUGCGGGACAUGACGCGGUAGAUCAGACAGGCCAAGAAGAAUAUCUUAUACCCCCGUGGCUUUUGACAGAAGAGAGUACAGCGGGACAACAGCCUUACGGAACUCUUUGCAGAGUCUGCAGCGGCGGCAAAACAGCGGUCUUGAGGUUGGAAAUACUCGGAUAUCCGCUGAAUACGUGGCGAGCGAAGAGGAAACGUACAGUGCGAGAUAUGCAGGGUGUAGAAAGGCCGCAGGCCAAGGAAGAUAGCAGCUCCAAGGCGGACGAAGAGAGGAAAAAGAACAAAAAUGAAGGCACUAACAGUGUAACUCGAAGGCCCUAUCCGACGGGCAGAGUGGCUGCAGAAGGGGAACGAGAUGUAAUUCGUUGUUUCAAGAGACGAUUGGUCGCUCUUUAG